AUGGCAAGUCUAAGCGGAAAUACUAACGUUCUAAUGAUUGCAGUACUUAAACCUGACCGGGAGGUGCAGAAGUUCGAAUUCUUCCGGGAGAAUCUUAUCAAUUGGUACAAGUUCAAUUUCAAGUCCGCAGGAAUAGCACUUUUCUUCUUGGGAGUAGUGCCGGUGACUUUGGGAUGGAUUGGAUACAAGUAUCAGACAAUAAACAUGAUAGCAGCCAGGAGGGACAAGCCAGUCUACGAUAAUGAGUGGGUUCCUAGGAAGUGA